CACGUAGGAUACUAGCUUUGCCCUUUGUUUAUCUUCUUCUCCCGACAUGACAUUGCCUAAGUGAUCUCGGGUCAUGGUUUCGAUCGGUCCAUUGUCAUUGGGCAGGCAUCAAGUACUGGUUUGUCAUAAGAGGGAAGAAGCUUGUUGAGCGGAGGACAUGAAAUCAGGCCGAGCAUCCAUUGCAGCCCGGCCGGUUGGAGAUUGUUGAUUGCGCUUUGGCUUGCACCGUCAACGAGUAACUUUCUUUCUUUCUUUCCGGGUGGGUAGCACCAUUGCAGCCUGCAAGUCUUCACCUGACUGGGAGGGACAAAAAACCAUGAAUGGUUUUGGAGAGAGGUCAUCAUCAGAACUAGCUUACCGUAGGGAUGGUUCUUGGAAGGACAUGGGAACAUCAAUGAGUGCCAUCUCGUUCGGUUUAGCAGCCACCGCGAUCUUGAUCUCUAUGUUCCUCGUCAUGGCCAUAUUUGAGCAUCUAAUCAAGCCAAGGGCAUCGUUUCUUCGCUCCCGAAACAAUGCACAUGGUUCGUCGGAGCUCCACCGGCCACAAGCUCAGAUUCAUCGCUCUCAGGAGAAGGUUCAGAAUUCCAUAACAGUCGGAACGCAGUGCGCAUCUGAUCUCUCCGUGUUAAUGCCGGGACAGCGGUUUCCCACUUACAUCGCACAGCCUGCUCCUCUACCUUGCCCCAGAGAGGGGAUAAUUUGGCCCUCCCAUGUUGCUCAUGUGUCCUACAUGUAGCUGAUGUGAUCUAUCGCCUAUAGCUUGGAAGCGGCUGUCUGCAAUGUGAUUUGUUCAUACGAAUACGAUUUGAUUUUUCUUUCACGUUCGAAUGUAAUGCCAAAAACAAGACAUCCUUAAUCUCAGCAAGUAAUCGGGAUGUAAGCAGGUACAACAGCUGAUUUCUUGCGGGGAGGAAAACCGAGGACGGGCUACUUUUCCUGUUUCCUUCUGCAGACCAUUUGAUGAGGGGAAAUGCCAAUGAAAUGAUAGUAAUCCAAAAAGCUUAAUCAACUCUACAAAAAUCUAAAAGGAAGCAGCUCAUCUACUUCUAAUGCAAGAAACUGAAGGCCGACUGGAAGGAAAAGAACGUAGCAGACACUUGAGCAAAGUCAGACCUGAGACACUAAUGCUUGAAAUCAUCUUCCUCUUGCAAUUGCUACACGAUCGAGCUUGGCCUCAUCGCCCUGUUUACAGAAGAAAGGAGAGAGCAACAUUAUUAACCAAGUGCUGUUGGAAAAUCCAAAUCUAAAGCUGCUUCAAAAGACUCGAAUUUGCUUCUUUUUAUGAUCCAGCCAUUUAUGCAUAGAAGUAGCCAAAUCAAAGCGUAUUAUUUAUC